AAAAAAAGAAAAGGUAAAUUGCUUUAAGGUGGGGUUUACUCUCCCUAUCCAUAUUUACUAUGAAUGAUAACCACUGCGAAGCUCGCCACACCCCCUUUCGAGGAACGCCAUUUUGUUGACACACAGACUCGCAAUCAAAAUAAGCCCCUUUAGUGCCGCUUUAUGCCCAAGCACGACCGUGGCAUGUUGUGUGUGUGAAGGAAACAGGCGUACGGCCCCAACAGGCGCAUCUGCAGACAAAAACGGCGCUGUCCCGGGCAUUAUAACGCGCCGUGUUUGAAGUCUCCCAUUUCAACAUGAAACUCGCCGCGAUUGACGUCACCGAGCCAUCUUUGUCCAGCUAAUCCAGGCGGCUGCUUAUUACACCUUCAUUACCGCACGGGCUCGGACAGCGCCAGGCUCCGGUCAUAGCCCGCAGGUGCCGCAUCGCCGUAGAAGUAGGAAGAGAAAAAGAGAAGUUACAGGAAAAAAAAAAACAGAAAAAAAGAAAGGGUUUUGUAGCGAGGGGACACAUCUCAGUGGGAGAUACAAGCCAGUGCUCCUCCUAGGCUAUAUAGGCAGGGAAGCGCCACAAUAACCAACCAAAGGGUGCCAGAGGGUAGAGAGGAGCGCAGAAGGCAAUCCACAUCCAUCUGCCAGCCACUUAGUCCGCGCUAACAUUUCCAGUCCGGAUUUCAGCACAGCUGUAUACUACCAAGGAAAAUGUCUGCCCCAGCCGCUGGAGCCCCUGCACCAGAGGGAGGGAAUCAGGCCCCUCCCAACCUCACCAGCAACCGCCGUCUGCAGCAGACACAGGCACAAGUGGAUGAGGUGGUGGAUAUCAUGCGUGUAAACGUGGAUAAGGUUCUGGAGCGUGAUCAGAAGCUGUCAGAACUGGACGACAGGGCUGACGCCCUGCAGGCUGGAGCCUCUCAGUUUGAGACCAGCGCUGCAAAACUGAAGAAUAAAUACUGGUGGAAGAAUGCCAAGAUGAUGAUUAUCCUUGGUGUGAUAUGCGUGAUUGUCCUCAUCGUCAUUAUUGUGUACUUCAGCACCUAAGAAGAGUUGGUCCUACCCCAGUCUGAUCCCAACUUCCUUGCUACAAAAAACCCCUCAAAUUGAUGACAAAAUUAUCCACAGAUGAUUAAUUUAUUAUAUAUAUAUAUAUAUAUAUCUCCCUGAUUAGCCUCGAUAUAUCACCCCUAAACCCUUCAGGGCCCCAUGGCUCCCCCACUUCCACCACCUCCCCUCUGGACCCCUGUCAAUAUUUGUCCUGUGAGUGUGUGGCCCUGUCUCCUUUCUGGGUACUCUUGGCUUUUCUAACCUGCCAUACUGAGAACCAAACACUUGUGACGAUGCAACAACAGAAAAGGAAACAACGAUUGGCGAUAAUUGUUACAUAACUGAUAUAUAUAGUUCUUUGUAGAGUUUUAUUCUGAUAUAUACUGUUUUGUAGGUGUGUGUGUGCGUGUGUGUGCAUUUUGUAUUUUUUAAUUUUUGUAUUAAUUUUACGUAUGCUUCAGCGUUAACUACUGCCUAUUAAUCAAAGUGUGUAUCUUGCAUGUUCUCAUCAUCUGUCUGCCCCCCCCCCGGCUUACUCUCUCUUUUUGGUGUGUUUUUGCACAGUGGAGUUAGUCUCCAUUUAACUAAUGAAAUACUGAUUCAUUUUCAAAUUCAUCUGUGUUACUCGUGCCCACUAAGACAGUUAAAAAUAAGCCAGAGGUCUAAAACUUGUACUAAAAAAAUAUCAUGAAGUUACAGAAAUUGGAGCAUAGACAAUACUGCCCUUAAAAUUCCCCAGGUUACUGCUACUUCAGCUUCAGAUUUCUAUAACUUGAUGCCAUCAAAAGAUUCAAGUCUUAGCUUCUUCCUUGGCUUUCUGAGAGAGUCAGUGCUCACGGAUAUAUAUAUAUCAAACAUACAAAUAAUGCAUGAAUUGUUAAACUUAUCCCAAGUAAUCAUCAUUCACAGUCCUUUCCAUCUGACCCGUCAUUUCUCUUUCCACAUCUCUUUGAUAACGUCUGUUAUAACUUUCAUCUCAAGUCUUUACAUCACGGCCCUCUUCUGGCUCUCAGCAUGCUUGAACACCUCAAUUUCUUCUAAUAAUUUUAAAACUGCCAUAGUACCCUUGGACCAAUGUCUGUAGAUGUUUCUUUUUUAUUUAAAUAUUACGUAGUGUCUUAUUUCGAAAACAUUCCUUCAUUGCAGUCUAGUGCAAAUGCUCUUACUGUAGCACAUGUAAGUGUAAGUAUCUUUAAAAAAAAUAUAUACAUGCGAUAAAACUUGUGUCAAACACGUUGGUCAUACAAACCAUAGGAGAAAAAAAGUUUUAGUUAAUAGCUGUAAGGGUUAGUUUAGGAUAGACAGAAUUAGACUUUCAGUCUGUCCAAAAUGUUUUUUUUUUUUUUUGUAAUAUUGGUGAUGUUAUCUUAACAUUACACUUGCAGUAUACUGUGGAGAUGUCAUUAAUGUUAAACUGUGGAUAUGGGCUUGAAAAACAAUUUUAAUGCCAGGGGAUUAAAUGGGGCCACUGCAUAAAUUGGCAGUCUAUUAAGUUUUAUAAAGCAAAGGUUAAUUCUGACUGGCCCAUUAACCUACGUCGACACAAAAGCCUUAGUCUCCAGUCACUUCUGUUAGUUACUGUAGAAUAUUUCCAGUCAAACACACCCUCACACUUUUAGUUUGUGUAAGGGCAGUGGCUGACUGCAGAAAAGAAAUCUGUUUAAAAUGCACAAACAACCUUGUUUUUGAUGGCGCUGUCUGGCUGGUCAAUAGCCUGGCCAAAGAAGAUCCUCCUGCAGCAAAACCUCUCCACAUGAAGAGCACAUAAAAAAUUUAAAAAAGAAAACACAGAGAGGGUUAAGCCUUAUUUGCAAAUCCAGGAACAGGGACAGAAGCUAAUGAGGAUAAUGUCAAAUUCACAAUUGAGUUUUAGUUCAGCUAACUUUGGGGUACGUUAGUGACAAGAAACUUGAGAAGCAAUUAUUCAGAAAACAGUAGCAUUCCUAAGAAGAGUGUUUUGCCAGUGCAGUGGUUCUGUCUCAGUGUUUCUCCCUAUAGUUAAGGCCUUUUUUUUCUUUUUUAAAUAUAAUAGAUUAUAUUUUUUAUUAUAGUAUAUUUUUGUGUGAAGCAGACAGGUAAAGAGGAAGUGUGCAAUUAGUACCAUUUUGCUGCCAACAGCAGUAAGCUCCUCUUUACCUCUGUCUGGUGUGUUUUUUGUAAUUCAGCUCCAUGCGUUAUACACUGCCAAACAACAAGGGAGAGGCUUCUAUUGUUAUUGCAGUUAUUACUUUCACUGGUGCCCUCACUGGUUUGGUCUUGACUUAUUCUUUGAUGUUUUUUUUGGCAACUACUCCUGUGUAUACUACCCUUCUGGCUACUUUAUGAGCAAGAGAGCAGGACAAUAUGAUGCACUUGGAUUUUAAUUCUCUGUCAAACUAAGGCCUUGAUGAGAAGACAUAAACCUAUAAUUCCUUCAUUUAACCUCACAAGGUCUUUAUUUACAGGGUUUUUAAUUGUGGUCGUAAGCUUUGAAAAAGUUAUUUAAUCAAAUCUAUGCUUUGUGAAAUGGAGGAUUUGUUUGUUUGCAGGUCUGCAAAACAACUCAGCACCUGCUUUGCUGCCUCUAAUGCCAUUGUUAACAAUCCUAGAAAGUAUAAAUUUAGCUGGCAGAGACUUGAGUUGGCUACAGUCACCAUAAAGCUACAGAGACCACAUAACCACCCGCAAUAUUUCAAAUCAAGUGUGUGUAAAGCCUUAGUAGCCAUGUUCCUUUUUUUAUCUUCCCCACGAGCUGAGUAGACCCACCUGCUCCUCUUUGCUCAACUCACUGAUUCAGAAUCCCACAGUGUGUGUGUGUGUGUGUGCAUGCGUGUAUGUGUGCGUGUGUGUAUGUGUGUGUGUGUGUGUGUGUGUGUGUUAGAAUAGCUCUGUCUUGGGAAUAUCCCUAGUUUAUCCUGACAGAUUAGGCCGCUUAAAUCUCAGAGUGAGGGCACGUUGUUUCCUUGACCACUGAACUACACAAGCAGAGAGGUUUCAGAUCUGCCGGCCAGUUGUAUUAGGAAGGACCCCAACCUCAAUAAACCCACCCUUCCUCCCAGCUCCCCCUAUAUGUUUCCCUCUAAACAGAGCAAAAGUAAACUGCAGAAGAUUACCAAAGACCAGAUUUUGUUGCUUACGCUGCCAACUGCCAUCAAAAACAAGCGGAAAGAAACAGGUUAUUCAAACUCUCCUAGUCUGUUUUAAAUAGUUUAUGCCCUUACUAUGUUUAUCCACAAUUACAGAACCUUUUAACUAUUGCACACUAUUUAUAUGGUGUGCCAGUUUGGCUUGUGAGUGUGCCAUUCUAACAUAUGCAAGUUAAACCAAAACAUAAGGAAUCUCAAAUACAGUCUCCCCAACAUGUGUAUCCAGGUCUGAAGAGCUUCUUUAAUCUGUAAACAGGUUUCGACACAUGAUCCUAUAACUAAUAAUAGCACAACUCUUCUUUUUUCUGUCUCCGUAGUGCUGCCAAGUUUUAAAAUGAAAAGACAUAUAAACAAACUAUAGCUAUUAGAAGUAAACCAAGAAAAAUGUUAUAAAAAAAAUCAGCAUUGUUUGGUGUCGUAAUAUGGGGGUGUUUUGGGGGGUAGGGGGUCCUAUAUCCUCAGGUUUAAGGUAUUAGCAAUUACCAAAAUAUAUACGAGGACAAAAUCUAUAUUAGCAAACUGUAAAAUUGGGUUUUUUGGCAAUAGAAAAAUCACCAUAGGGUUAGAAAUGUGGUCCUUUUAGCCACCCUGCAGGAGUUAACAGUGGACUGAAGUGAAAUAGCACGACUGAUUGGGGUAGGACUUCUGUGUUAUCCAUAAAUCCAAUUGUUGUCCUGUGAGUGCUCAACCAAUUUGGUCACAAUGGUGAAAAUGAAGUGAGUGCUCUCUUUUUCUGUUGCUUUAUUGUCUGUAUGAAAAGAAGUGCGCAUAUAUUUUAACAGCGUGGCACUUUUUCUGUUGUGAUUCAUUGAUUUUGGUGGGACGGGAACAUGAUUCGAUGGAGAAUAUUGUCUUAUGUCAACCUCAAGAAUUGUUCAGCGAUCUCAACUUAACGCUGCGCUCAGGUCAUUUGGUGGUGAUCCGAAAUGCAGAGUUGUCAACGCUGAAAAAAAGUUUUCAGACCCUCUUCCAGGUUUGAAUGACAACUGAUGAACUUGUUGUUCAAACUUGGAAGGAAACAAGUAGAAAGAAAGAAAAGAGAAGAUCCAAACCUUCGACAAAGCAUAGUGUGAUGUGUACAGAGUGGGGGAUGUUCCCCAGGUUCACUGUUACUCCCCCUAAUGGAGUGAGCGCAGCAACAGGAGGGAACCUUACGAGUCGCUGAAUGUUCACUGGAUGGCUAUAAACAUACAAUAUUUGACUUGAUAUAUGUUAACACGUUUUAUUUUGAACCAAAUGUUGUGUUUUUCUUUUGCAUCAAUUUAGUAAUAACUCCAGAUGUCACUGAAUUGUUUGUGUGUAAGCACUGAUGGGUAAAGGUAAAGAAAAUGGGAAGUUAAUGGGGAAAAAAAAAGUAUUUUUACCUUCAAUUGUCCCGAAUGCUCAGAAUGAUUCUACAGUUUACAUCAAAUUGCUGUUUGUAUCUACAAUAUAUAUUUUUUGUUUAAAAUCUGUUUAUUUUUGAGGAAAGAUUUUGAUUUCUCUUUGGGACUGGGGUUUCUGGGAUGAAGGUUCAUAUUGCCCCUGUUCAUCUGGCCUUAUAGGAGGGACAGGACUGGAGGAUCAUGGGCAAUGUGCUCAGUUUUCUUUUCUUUCUUUUUUUCCUUUGCUUUUAUUUAUUGAUAGAUUUAUUGUGCUGUCAUUUGGUAUGGGAUUAGAAACUAAAGGUUGACUCAACGUAAAGGAGAGGAGACUGAAUGAAAAACUAAAGUACAUAAAAUAAUUGUAGUGUAAAUCUAUCAAUGUCUUAUUAUAUUGAUGAACAUCAUGAAAUAUAUGUAUAUUGGAAAAACAAUAUCUAUGACAACUUGUACUUUUGUGUGUGCUUCAUGUGC